AUGUCAUCAUCAACAAAAAUGAGCGAGUUGUUGCUUCCGCGUUAUCAACGGUCACCAACGACGCAACAUCCGUCCAUCCUGACCCGCUUUCAUCGUGUCAACAGCGCUAUGGCCGUUGAGCUACGGCUUCCGGCAGUCACCAUUACAAGUUGGCUUCUCGAGCUAAUAGAGGAAACAAGCUGUCGGUCUAUGGAUAGGGAUAGCACUAACGAAGAAAUUUGUUUGGUAGAAAAUAACGUCCAGCGAAGGUCCGUUUUUCCUCGAAUAGCUUACGUGCUAUGA